UAAACCCUUCGUCUGUCUCCUUCUUAGAGAGCUCCACAAAGUUUCAGUCUCCUUCUGCUUAAACCCUGUGGCUUCUUCUUCAAUUCAAAGCUCUUUCUUCAUAGCCAUGGGUUUCUUCGACCUCAACAUACCUUACGAUGAGCAUUCAUCUUCAUCUUCAACUAGGUCCAAUCGCAUCAAGAUUGUGGCCAAACUCAUGGAGCUCGGCUACUCUGGCAUCGCCUACAACCGUACAAUCAAAGGAGUGAUGUCCGAGCGGGAUCGCUGUUCUAUUCCCCUCCUCAACGUUUCAUCGCUUCACAGUAUCCUUCCAUCUUUCUCCGCCUCCGUUGAGUUCCACCGCGAUCUCCUCGGCGUGCUACGGUCCUCUCCUUUCCGUCAGUACACGCGUCUUACUAUUUCUAUCAACACUUCGCACGAGAUUCUGGCCGUCAAUUCUGGUAACCUUAUUCUGAAGACCUACGAUUUGAUUGCUGUUAAGCCUCUUAAUCAGCAUGCCUUUGAGCAGGCUUGCGAGAAAUUGGAGAUAGAUAUAAUUGCCAUUGAUUUUGCGGAGAAACUGCCUUUCAGGUUGAAGCAAGGUUCGAUAAAAUCUGCAAUUCAGCGUGGAGUUUACUUUGAAAUCAUGUACUCUGAUCUUCUUUCGGAUGUUCACGAAAGGAGGCAAAUGAUAUCCACUGCUAAGAUCUUGGUGGAUUGGACAAAUGGAAAAAAUCUCAUAUUAUCCAGUGCUGCCCCCUCUGUAAAUGAAAUCAGAGGACCUUACGACGUUGCCAACUUGUCAUCAUUGCUUGGUGUCUCUAUGGAACGUGCAAAAGCUGCUGUUUCGAAAAAUUGUAGGAAUCUCAUAGCUAAUGCUCUAAAGAGAAAGCAUUUCUACAAGGAAACCAUUCGAAUUGAAAGGAUAUCAUCAGAUGAUAAAUUAGAUUUGAAUGACCCUUGGUCAGUGGAUUUGUUCAAAUGGGAUCCUAUAUCAAGUGGCGAAGGUGAUUUGCUAUUGGAUGACAUAGCAAAAUCUUUUGCAGCUAAUGAUAAAUCAAAAAAUGUGAAAGCCAUUGAUUUCAGUUCAAUCAUUGAUAACUUGCCACCACAAGGUUUUCUAGUCAAGCAUGUAGUAGCAGGCUCUGAGGCAAAACUGUCAUUGAAUGAUAACAGAGAUUUGCCGCCUGUUUCUGAUACCAUUGAGCCACAAAUUGCUGUAAAUGGAGUAAUUCAACAGUCCCAUACCCUUGAUGGGGAACACUGUCCUUUAUCUGAUCAUCAACGCUCUGUAAUUGAAAGUUUUAAAAUUUCACAUUCACAUGGUGAUGCAGGAGCAGUUCCAAGUAAUUCUGAGGAAGGCAAAAGUACCAUUGAAGAAAUUGUGCAGCCCAAGACCUCAAUGCAGGAAGAACCUAUUCAAAUGGAUGUUGAUAAUCUGCAACCAAAAAAUCUGCUACUCAGUAGCAAGUUAAAUGUAGCGUCAACAAAUGAGCUCGUGCAUUCUCCUACAUCUACUAAAGAUGUAUCGGUUGUUUUCAUGAAUGACACAACAGAAACUUUAAAAAUGGAGGAUGUUGAUUCUCACCUGAAUGAAUAUGGUCUAGAAAGUUCUGUUAUAUUGUCUGGUUUAGAAAAUGUGUGUAGGGACAAAAGUUCAACUAAUUUGAUUUCAGAAGAUCAAAAGACAAUGGUAGUAGACUGUUCAUUUACAGCUGAAGAAUGUUUGCAUAGUGCAAGGCUUGAGGAGCCUGGGGAUGUGGCAAUAGCCGGGGAUCAGGUUUCUCCUCUUGAUUCUUGCACGAGUGACAUAAAAGAUGAUUAUUUGAUCUCAAUUCGACAGCAAACGUCUGAGGCAUUAAUGGACAAGCAAGAAAGCGGAGACGCUGACCCGCAGAUCACACAAUCUCCUUCAGAUCAGUCUAUCACUGGCGUGAUGUCGACAGUAAAUGCAAGGAAAUGCCGAUCAAAACGGAAAAGACAUCAUCCAGUGUCGAAACUUCCGCUCCAGCAGUUAAUCAACCCUCUGACCUUCAAGAAAGUCAGCAAAACAAGUACAGAAAAAUAUCGAUCAAAACGGAGGAGACAUCACCCAGCGCUAUUGCUUCCAUUCAAGCGUUCAAUCAAUCAGCUAGCCUUCAAGAAGGUCCUCAAAACUAAAUGCUAGCAGUUAUUUUUUCUGCGGUUCUAUUUUUCUUGGUCGAUAUCGUUCCAUCCUGUUUAUAAUACUUGAGUAUGCAUUUUGCACCAAUUAAUCUCAAAAUGAAUUACUUUUUGAUAUCAAGUA